GUCUGGUUUCUACUACGAUGGCUUCUUCGGUGACAGGAAGCUCAACGACAACGACUUCUCUUCCAUUGAGGGCCACGCACAGCAAAUUUCCAAGGAGUCGCAGCCUUUCCUGCGCUGUGUCGUCUCCAAGGCAGAGGCUCUAGAGCUUUUCAAGGAGAACCCAUUCAAGGUGCAGUUGAUCACGAACAAGGUUCCAGACGAUGCUCUCACGAGCUGCUAUCGCUGCGGAGACUUGAUCGACCUUUGCCGUGGACCUCAUUUGCCAAACACGAACCGGGCCAAGGCAUUCCUGGUGACGAAGAACUCCGCUGCAUAUUGGCUGGGUGACCAGAACUUAGACUCACUCCAGCGCCUCUACGGCAUUGCCUUCCCCAACGACAAGCUGCUCAAGGAGUACAAGAAGUUCCAGGAAGAAGCCGCAAAGCGAGAUCACAGGAACAUCGGCAAAGCGCAGGAGCUCUUCAUGUUCCAUCCGGUGAUGUCACCGGGAAGCUGCUUCUGGUUCCCGCCCGGCGUGAGGAUCUACAACAAGCUUAUGGACUUCAUGCGCUCUGAGUAUCGCCUGCGCGGGUUCUCUGAAGUCGUGACGCCCAACAUGUACGACGCGCGAUGUUUCAUGACGUCUGGCCACUACCAGAACUACAAGGAUGACAUGUACAGCUUGGACGUGGAGAAGCAAGAGUGGAUGCUGAAGCCCAUGAACUGCCCCGGCCAUUUCCUCAUGUUCGAUGCCAGGGUCAGGAGCUACAAGGAGCUGCCACUCCGCUUUGCUGAUUUCGGUGUCCUGCAUCGCAAUGAGGCUUCGGGAGCUCUCACGGGCUUGACGCGUGUCCGGCGAUUCCAGCAAGAUGAUGCACACAUCUUCUGUCGCCCGGACCAGAUCAAGUCGGAGGUCUCAGGUGCCCUGGAUUUCCUGGACUUUGUGUACAAGAUUUUUGGGUUCAAGGCCAGCUACGCCCUUUCCACGAGGCCAAAGAAGGCGCUCGGCUCCAAGGAAAUCUGGGACAACGCAGAGGUCCAGCUCAAGGCCGCUUUGGAUGAAUCUGGGCGAGAGUGGUCCUUGAACCCCGGCGAUGGCGCUUUCUACGGUCCCAAGAUUGACAUCAGGCUCCAGGAUGCGAUGAAGAGAAAGCAUCAGUGUGGAACGAUUCAGCUGGAUUUCAACGGCCCCAUCAGGUUCAAUCUGCAGUACCGCAAAGAGGGGGUCGAAGAAGUCGCAGAGGACGAGGAGAAGGUGGAGUUCAAGGGCGCGGAGGAGAAGAACGCCAAGGGCGAGGUCAUUUGGCGUGAGGGCCGCUUGAAGAACGGGUUCGAGCGCCCGGUCGUCAUCCAUCGAGCGAUUCUGGGGUCGGUCGAGCGGAUGUCUGCCAUCCUCAUGGAGCACUACGCUGGCAAGUGGCCAUUUUGGCUUUCACCGCGGCAGGUCAAAGUUGUUCCUGUCGGGACGCAGUUCAACGAGUACGCUCUGUGGGUGGAGAGACAACUUCAGAUCUACGGAUUCUACGCUGAGGCAGAGACGAGUGGGAAGACGCUGAACAAGAAGGUGCGCGAGGCGCAGCUCGAACAGUGGAACUAUGUGGCCGUGGUGGGUGCUGAGGAGCAAAACGCUCUGUCGGUGAACCUCAGGUCCAGGGAGUCGGAGAAGCCCCUUGGGGCCUUCUCCAUGAUCGAUUUCAUCGCAAAGCUGGACAAAGAGGCCAUGCCAAGCUCCCAGCCACUUCGUCAGUUCGAGGCCUUUCAAGGACGCCUGCCGGAAGCAAAGGCGCCGGCUGCAGAACCCGCCGCUAUCAAUGGCAGGGCAAAGGAGCAGAAGCCGGCCUUCCAAAAGCAGGGUUCCUUGCAGGUCCGGAAAGCCGCCAACCACAAGUUUGCCUCGCUUUCGGUGGAUGAUGAUGUGGAGGCUUUCCUGGAAGUGCAUCCUUACGUGAAGGGCUUCGAGCCGUCUUCGGCGGAUGCGGAGCUCUUCGAGCAACUGUCGGAGUCUGGUGCUCCGGAGACGCCGAACCUCAGGAGAUGGUACGAUCACAUGGAGUCCUUCUCGUCCCUGGAACGUUCGUCGUGGCAGAAGGCAGCUUAG